CAGUUAUUUAUUAGUGCAGCUCGCAGCUCCGCUCUGCUCAGUCUGCUGCUGCCCGUCGGCGCGCACACACUUGCAUGGAGGAAAGAAGCUCGGGAAACCCGCGGACAUUGUUGAAUUGAGCGCAGAACACCGGGAGAUUUACGGCACCUGUCAGCUCUUUUCGCGUGUGAUGAGACUAUAGGUCGAUUUUCGAUUUGUGAAGUGCCCAAACCGCCACCUCCAGGCUGUUUUAGUUUUUUGCUCAUUUCCCAGUGACUGAAAUGAGAACCGCUGAAGACUCCUCUGGAACUGUCCUGCACCGUCUCAUCCAGGAGCAGCUCCGCUACGGUAACCUGACGGACACUCGCACACUGCUGGCCAUUCAGCAGCAAGCCCUGCGUGGAGGCAGUCCCCGCUCCUCUCUCGAGAGCCUGACUCAGGAGGAGACCCAGUACAUCCAGAUGUCAACACGGCAGGAGCCUCAGGGCCAGGAGCACCAGGGGGACUGUCUGCACUCUGAGAGCCCAGUGUGCCAUCUGUACCAGCUCCAUGGUGAGGAGUUGCCCACUUAUGAGGAGGCCAAGGCCCACUCCCAGUACCUGAUCUCUCAGAAGGGGCAGGCAGAGCAGGAAAGCCCUGGCUUAGACAUAAUGGGGAGCCGCAGUGAGGGACAGUGGGAUCUGAAGAGGGAGCAUGCUCGCUCCCUCAGUGAGAGGCUCAUGCAACUUUCUCUUGAGAGAAAUGGACCUAGAGACAAUUUGGCUAUAAGCUUUUCACACAGCUAUCCACAGCUGUAUAACCAUAAUGUUACAAACGCAGUGGCAUCUGACAGGCGAAGGGGCCAACAGUGUGUAGACCAGCGUGGGCCCCCACCGGACUAUCCUUUCUGUGCCAGACUUCCCGGAUAUAUGCUCAGUCACUCACAGGAGCACGGGCAGUUCUAUAGAGGACCUCCUCCGCCCUUCUACUCACAGCAUCACAGCAGGUAUGUGUCUGCUCAGUCCCAGGUGGCUCACAACAGCAUCUCAGCAGCCUCCAGCAAUAACUCGGCUCAGACUGACGUGUUGAUGCGGGAGAAUGAGCGGCUGAGGAAGGAGCUGGAGGUCUACACCGAGAAGGCCGCAAGGCUGCAGAAGUUGGAGCUGGAGAUUCAAAGGAUAUCUGAAGCUUAUGAGACUCUGAUGAAAGGUUCUGCCAAGCGGGAAACUCUAGAGAAAACAAUGAGAAAUAAACUAGAGGCUGAGAUUAAGAGGAUGCAUGACUUUAACAGAGACCUGAGAGAUCAACUUGACACAGCUACAAAACAACGAGCGGCCAAGGAAGCUGAGUGUAAGGACCAGGAGCAGCAUGCCUUUGUUAAACUCCUGGAGCAAAAUGAAGAGCAGCAACGAGAGCGCGAAUGUCUGGAGAGGCAGAUUCAGCAUCUGCGUGUCUCUGGGGAGGAGUGCCAGCGGAGACGGGAGCUGCUGGAGCAGGGUCUGGCCUCAGUGCAGGCCCGCAACCGACAGCUGGAGGAAGAACUGCAGAGGAAGAGAGCCUACGUAGAGAAAGUGGAGCGGCUGCAGAGCGCGCUGGCACAGCUGCAGGCAGCGUGCGAGAAGAGGGAAGCGCUGGAGCUGCGGCUUCGCACGCGACUUGAGCAGGAACUGAAGAGCCUCAGGGCACAACAGUCUCAGAACCAGGCAGCUGACCCCACAGCUUCAGAACUGAGCUCCUCCACAUUGCAGCAGCAGCUGAGGGAGAAAGAGGAGCGUAUACUGGCCUUGGAGGCAGACAUCACCAAGUGGGAGCAAAAGUACCUGGAGGAAAGCACCAUGAGGCAGUUUGCAAUGGAUGCAGCGGCUACUGCUGCAGCACAGAGAGAUACAACCAUCAUCAAUCAUUCACCCCGACAUUCACCGGACAGCAGUUUUAAUGAAGACCUGCCUUUAUCGAGUCAUAGACAUCAGGAGAUGGAAAACAGGAUCCGGGCACUUCACGCACAGCUCCUGGAGAAGGACGCUGUGAUUAAAGUCCUCCAGCAGCGAUCCAGAUGGGAGCAGGGCAAACUGGAGAAACAGGGGCUUCGGCUGGCAAGGUCCGUCCCAUCCAUCAACACUGUGACCAGCAGCACGGAGAGUAAAGGAAAGAGCCUCUCAGAUGACCUGACAAGUGCAGCUGCGCUGCAACCCCAGCCCUGCGUGGUGCCCAAGGGCCCGAGCAGAGACUCCAGCACCCAAAGUGACGAGGUCCCGCAGGAACCUGAGCUCAAAGCAGAGCCAAGCAAGCUUAAGACGUCUGAGGUGAUCUCAGCAGCUACCAAUGGCAACUCGGAGGAGCCAAAAGCACCGCUAACGGCAUUCAGCAGCAUCAACAGCUCAGAUGCAGAGGUGGUUGAAAUCCUCAUUUGAGUGCUCACCGAAGCUCAAAUAACUGAGCGGGUGACAGCCAACGAUGACAGACACUUUUGGCCAAGGUGUUAAAGGCUUUUCCUCCACGUCUGACUACCAUAGAGAAAGGCCUAAAUCAACAUGCAGAGUCCAGAAUGUGACGCAGUUUUGAGGGGAGAGCUGAGCUUUACUUCUACUGUUUCUGCACAAUUCACAAACUCUGACAUUCGCCUCACAAGUCAGAAUUCUUCUAGGUACCUGGACAGUAUUCUGCACUGUGAUAGGAACUGGGCUGCUGAUUGUGCAUAUAAAUAGGUUGUGCAUGGUGUUUUUUUAGUUAUGUAUUGUAUUUAUAUUUGUAAAUGCUGCUCAUAUUGUGAUAUUUCUGUUCAAGAGGUGAGAAGAACAAAGAUCACUUGUCUUGCUCUGCUCCACUUUUUAAUAUUUAUACAAAUGACUCACUUUUCUGGAUUAUGUGCGCAGCCUGUCUCCAUUUUUUUUCCAGUGGCAUGCCUAUUACCAUGGGAAUAUUUAUAAAAUGACUCCGUAUAAGCAUCUUCUAUAUUUCCAUGCCAUGUUUGAGGAUUAUUCUGUUUAGCAGAACUGCUCAAUCCUUAAUUAACAGUUGCUCCUCUCUUUAAAAUAUAUUCGGGUCAGGGCCCUGCUCAGCAGAGGAUUUGGAAACUUUCUUUGAAUGUGGAGUAUGCUCAUUUCUCUCUUAAAAAAGCCUGCGAGGAUUGACAGUGUUUCACGGGCGUAUAAUUUUCCAGAUCCCGGCUUAAUGUUUGGGGCCUCAGAUGGCGACUGCCCAACAUCUUGCUCCCCUUCGCUGACACGCUGAAGCUAAUCUUCUCACAUUCCUCGCUGAGGGAAUGCUCCCGUUAAAGAAAAAGGCUAUCUAAAGUCUGACCCCUCACCCUUGUUAAAAUGGCAUGCAUUCUCCACAUGAUUCAUUUUCUGGGGCUGGUUAUUUUUUCUGAGCGGCGGUAGCUGGUUCUACCGUAGAAACGGUCAACUAUAAUUGGCUUGCAUUUGCUACUCUAUUUGUUGUCCACAUCACUGUGUUAUAUUCAGCUUUGUUUUCUCCAUUGCUCAAGUAUCUCACAUUUCUUAGUGGACUAUAUCCUUAACGUGGAGUCUUCUAUUUAUUUCUCCCUGCAUAGCGUAGGAUCACUGAACACUGCUGAAUGUAGACUCCUGUUUCCCAGGAACAUGUUUUGUAGUUAACUGGAAUGUGCCACAAUUCAGAUUUGUUCUACUCUUUCGAGGGGAAUACCGCUAAAAUUCCGCAUCAGUGGAUGUGCGAAGAAGCUAAUGUGUUGUCGUCCAGUUUUGAAAUGUUAGUACGGAUGUAAGUUUUUUGAGUGCUCAUUUUGUGAGUUCAAAAUUUUCAUUUAGGAGUCACAAACUCCAAUUCCAUCUUUAUGACAUUGCAAACAGGAGCAUUGUUUGAAGUCCUACGAUUAGCACCUGAAAUCUCACAUUGAACUGGUAUUCCCCCACAGUGCAUUUGCUGGUCAGUGCAAUGUGUCAAAUGUGUCAAUUUGAGUUAAUGCCCUUCACUUUUUUUUGGAAUGUGUUUACAUGAAUGGCUAUUUGAAGUGAGAGAAGUUAAUAUAUUUUGGAGUUUUUUUUUUUCAUUUAUAUACAUGUAUUUGUUUUGUUUUCUGGUGCCAAAGAUGUACUCUACUUUUAAGUUAUAAUCGAUGACAAACACAAAAGGUUCUGUCAAGGAGCCUUGCUUCAGCUGGUUGACCCGUUAUGAUGUUGCUGUGAACUUUUGUAAAGGAAACAUUUGUAUGUAUGCCUUAACAUUUCACAAUAAUAGAUUAAAAUUCUUAAUAUAUGUCUUAUAAAUGGCUUUCUGCUUUAAUUGUCACUCUGAUUUAAUACUGCAUAUGCAUUGGAUUGAUUACAAAAACACUACUGAACACCUGAGGUAUCAUUGCAGGUUAGCUGUUAGAUGUUGGAAUAUUUAGACCUUCGCCCAAGAACU